AUGGCUGUUGAACCUCUUUACGUAGGUCGAUUUUUGAAAACUAUGGAAGAGGUUGACGCUUACGUGAAGCAGUUACGUGAAGUGCUGUUUUAUACCUUGGUUGUUGAAAAACGUUCAGUGGCGUCACACAACAAAAAGGGUCACAGAAGAUUGACGGAGAACUGUGGAAAUAUCAAUCUGCAAAAAUUCUUUGUUCACAUCAUGGGGUCCAUCGAAACCGCUCAAAAGGAUUGCGCCCUGAUCAAAAAGUAUAUGCGUGUAACUGUCCAUAUACAGUACCCAAGCCAGUGUUUACCUUGCAUGAACGAGCCGAUAGACGUUUUCGACGGGGACUGUUUCAUCGGUUGGCUCUGGGAUUCUACAAUGGCUGUUGCUAACGUGCGACCUUUCCGGCCUUACGGCACUCCUCCGCCAUUUGACAUGGACGAUUACAAAGACUCGUUCGAGAUUUGGCAAGCCCAAUGGAAAAUCUUCCUCGAGCUCUCCACUAUUGAUACAGCUCUCGAUGCAGCCGAACGGCCACGCUACAAGGCCAACGGGAAGAAAAAGAAGUCAGGCGAUGUGCGCUCCAUCAGCGUGCACUCAGUCACAGUCGGCGCAGUCACAGUAGCUGAGCUGGUUGACAUCUCCGUCGCCCCGAAAGGUCCUUCCGCGUCCGCUGCCCAGGUGCUUUUCCUACCAGAUACAGGGGCGGAACUCGACGCCAUCCCUCGCGAAACGUUUCGUCGAGUCUUUAAAGGUGUCAAACUUGUUCCAGCCGCUUCUCCAGAGACCGCAACAGGAUCCCCGAUCAUGAAUUUUGGUACUUUCAGCGCUACACUCAACUGGAAUGCAGAUGACGAUGAGAGACGGCCCAUCACUACAACAGUUCACGUUCUGCAGGAUCUUAAGCAGGCCGAGCUCUCAAAAUCGUCCCAAAAGAAGCUGGGUAUGUGGCCAGAAUCGUACCCUCACGCUCGAUUGAGCACACUCACCUCGUCGGCCUUCACAGAUGUCGGGACGGACAGCAGUCCGAUUCCAUCCCUCCUCUUUCCUCACCUCCUCUCGCGCCCCAUGUCGGCACCAAUGACAGUCGCAUCGCUCGAGCCAGGCAUCACAGGUGAACGGAAAGCGGCCGAUCUCAAGAACUUUUUGACCAAUUUCCGGCUUAUUUUUGACGGCGUUUGCCGCCCGAUGAAAGUCCCGCCUUGUCAUUUUGAACUGAAAGCAGACGCCACACCGGUCUCGAUGCGCGGAUCACGCCCAGUAGCGGUUCCAGUCAUGCAGAUGCUCAGAGAUUAG